UGGAUGACAGUAGCUGCCUGCAACCUAAGAGAAUAAAGCUCACGCCGCGGAUGGGAACAUUCAGCGUGUUUGUAAUAUGGUACAGCAAACCAUCCAGAUAGUCCUUAUUUGCCUCUGUUAAUUACUACAGAUAUAAGCUUUAAAGACACGUUCGGGAAUCGUUUCCAGAACUCACGUUAAGAGCGAUCGCAUAUCGUUAGCUGUUAGCUCAACUAUAAACUGGAAGCAAAUAAUCCAGAUGGGACCAGCCCCGGGAACCGAUGGCAGCAAGCGGGCACACCCUUGUCUGGAGACAAGAGACUGAACAAGAUUUAUUAACUUCCCAUCGUGUUGGGAUUCUGUGCUCUAAUCCACGUUAGUUUUAUAUAAUGCUGAAUUGGAGCUUCGGAGUUCCAGUCUGACUAAGCAGGGACGGUAUAUGAUAUGACUGACUCAUCGUCAUGGCACGGACAGAGGAGAUAACCCUCAUCAGCCUGCCUGCUGCAGCGCUAACCGGACAGUCGCACAACUAGCUGGACAGCAAAGUUAUUUCCACACGAAUUUGUCUACGUUUAUUAGUAAUCACCGCAGAAUUAUGAACGCCGCGAUGUACACCUUUGUUACCCGUGACGACAACAGUACUAUUUAUGCAGAAGUUUCUAAAAUCCUCCUCUCAACUGGACAGUGGAAGAGACUAAAAAGAGACAAUCCCAGAUUUAAUUUAAUGCUUGGUGAACGGAACAGAUUACCCUUUGGACGUCUGGGCCAUGAACCAGGACUGGUGCAGCUGGUGAAUUACUACAGAGGGGCAGACAAGCUUUGCAGAAAGGCAUCUCUGGUCAAGUUAAUAAAGACCAGCCCAGAGCUGUCCGACUUCAGUAACUGGUUUCCAGAGUCCUACAUUAUCUAUCCUACCAACCUCAACACCCCUGUUGCUCCAGCUACAAAUGGCAUCAGCCAUCUGAAAAGCAAUCCUAAAACAGAUGAGCGGGAGGUAUUCUUGGCAUCUUAUCACGCCAAAAAAGAAAGUGGGGAGGGCACAGUCUGGAUAGCCAAGUCUUCUGCUGGAGCUAAAGGUGCUGGUAUUUUGAUAUCCCAUGAUGCUAAUCAGCUCCUGGAGUACAUUGACAAUCAGGGACAGGUUCAUGUUAUUCAGAAGUACCUGGAGAAACCUCUGCUGCUGGAGCCGGGCCAUCGGAAGUUUGACAUCAGGAGCUGGGUGUUAGUGGAUCACCAGUAUAACAUCUAUUUAUACCGGGAGGGUGUGUUGCGGACCUCAUCAGAGCCCUACAACAGCUCUGACCUUCGAGACAUGACCAGCCACCUGACCAACCACUGCAUCCAGAAGGAGCACUCCCAGAACUACGGACGAUACGAGGAGGGGAACGAGAUGUUCUUCGAUGAGUUCAGGCUGUACCUGCUGAACACUCAUAAUGUCACCUUGGAGACUGCCAUAUUACCUCAGAUCAAGCACAUCAUAAAGAGCUGUCUGACAUGUAUAGAGCCUGCAAUCAGCACCAAGCACCUGUCCUACCAGAGCUUCCAGCUCUUUGGAUUUGAUUUCAUGGUAGACGAAAGCUUCAAAGUGUGGCUCAUUGAAAUUAACGGAGCUCCAGCCUGUGCACAGAAACUCUAUCCAGAACUCUGUCAAGGUAUCGUGGAUGUGGCCAUUUCCAGUGUCUUCACUCUAAACAGCGGUGGAGACUCCUCAUCUGCUUCCUCUUCACCUUACUCUUCCUCCCCAUCCUCACUGUUCACCACCAACUCCUGCUCCUCUCCUAAACUGAGAGGGCCUCUUCAUGUUGGUCCGUUUACUCGAUUGUAAGCACACACACAUAAAAAAAAAAACUCAUCUCCUCAUGAGAAGCUCCUUCUUACACUGUCCUCACUCCUAACCUGCACACAGACUCUCAUGGAGUAUACUGAUCAGCAUAAAUUCUCUCAUGCAUUGAAUGUGAGGAAGGUAUUGUUCAAUAAACAAUGUGGGAGUUUCCUAAUGAGGGCAGGCAUCCUCCCAUCCCAGCUUCACUCCUAAACUCUUCCCUGAACAGACUGAUAAGUGUAAAGGAUGCAGAGGGCCUCCAACUAAGACGUUAGUGCCUUACAUUUCCAACCAUGCUCCCUUAAAAAAGACUGCCAGAUAGCUUGCUCUAUUAUUGAUUAGUACUUGUUCUAUAAACCUUUUGCACUGUUGCUGAGCUAAAUCAAUGCUGUCCAGAUUGGUCCACAGGAAACGGGAUGAAACGUACUGUGAUAUUUGAGAUCUUCUUGAAUUUGUGGAAUUCUGAGCAUUAUUUUCUCAUCAGACACUUUAUCUUGAUUCUGUUGUAGCCUACCCGCAGCUGCUCAUUACUUUGAAUGAGUCAAAAGCUUCCUCUGUAUUCAUCAUAUUGACUAAUGUUACUGUGUGUGACGAGUUUGACACUCAAGACGUCAAAACUGGGCUUGAUAAGUGAAAUUCCUCUUAACUUGACCAUGUGCACACUAUGUUGUUCACAUUCAGGGCAGCUGGGUUGCAGGAGUGAGUAAAGACGUUGGUUUUCAGCUGGAAAACCCAGGUUUGAGUCCAUCCCUUCAAGCUUUGCUAAGCACGGAGGAAAGAGGGAGGGGGGAACAGAAACCUUUAGCGUAUUAGCCUUUUUAAGUCUUUUUGUAAAAUGUUUUUUUCUUGUUUUUGAAGAGAGCAUGUUUUUGUGAAGGCAUGACUCCUACAGCAGAACUGCCCAUAGGCCUGUGUUUUGUUUCUGAUGUAGAAAAGCUAAACAGUCUUUGUGAAGUGUUGUGUGGAAUAAGCUUUAGAGCAGUUGAAAUGAAAGUAGAGUAGCUUGUACAAAAAGUGUUGUUGUAUUACCAUUUAAAGACCCCAUGAAGUAAAACCGGUCUGACAUUAUAACCAUUUCUGUAAAGGGCCAGGGAUGCAUUUGCUUUUAAUUAUGUGUUCAUUGGAUUGCUGUGGCUACCUCACACAUCUUACAUCUGUUUCAUUGGUUGUUCACAUCCUCAGAAAUAAACACCAACCGGAAGCGUGAUAAAAUACUGAGGUGGUUAGAAAGGGACUUGGGGGCUUCAGAUGCCAGCCAUGAUAACGUAGCUGAUCAUGCGUUAUUGUUUCAAUGAUCCUGGUUUAAUCCAGAAGUUGUGUUUUGUCUGAGUUUGCUGGUGGAAUCUUGCGCUAACAGGCAUAGUCGACAGGAAAGCGUGUGAUUACUCCAACAAUAGAGCCAGUUUUCUAUGUGAGCACGAGUUUAAAAUGCAAGUCCAAUUUAUGAGAUGGAGACCAAAAACGUACAAAUCUCCCUGAUUAUGUAUCAGCAAAGAGAGUAAAGCAGUUGGUUUUACAGUCCAUGUGGUUUAAUGGGGUCCUUAAAUAGCUUUUGUUUCUUUAAUGUUAGCUAAAUCUCCUUUUGUGAGUAGACGAGAACGUAGAGUUGAAACCGUCCAAGGAGACUUGGUGUCAAAUCUUUUUUUUUUAAAGUUUUUUCUUUUUUGUUUGUUUGUUUUUCUCUUCUUUAAAGUUGAUUUUUCUGCCAGCUGCAUAUUUGUUGGGCCUCCAGAGGCUCAUCUGAACUACAGCUGAAGUAAUGUGUGGUUUUGGUCAUCAUGUCUGUCAAAAUGUUAAAACUUCUGUGGGUUUUCUUCUUUUAACCUGUUUAAAUGCUUUAGGCUUUCCUUUUCAUGAUAUAAGACAUGGAGCUGGUUUAUGUUUUUAGUCACGGUGUUUGUGUUUUUACAAGAUGACGCAAAAAAAUGAAGGAUGUGUAAGUGGCUGAGGGUCAGUGUGAUGGACUAUUAACGCUGGGAAAAUCCCAGAAACUGGGAACAUGCAAUGACAGAGCUCUGCUGCUGGAAGGAUGAAACAUUUGGAAA